UCUUUCAAAAAAGUUUCAAAGAAUUAAAUGUCCUCUGCAUAUUUGAUAAUACAUUUAACCUUUCAUUAUAGUUAUCACACUUAUCGUGUGUUGUCAUGUUACAACUUACAUGAGUAAACAAUAACUGAAAAUGUACAAUGAAUAAACAAUAGCUUUAUACAUAGUAAAUAAAUGAAAGAGAUAUUAUAGCAAUAUUAUAAAAACACAACGUUUAACAUUGAAAAUUUUGAGACAUUACAAUGAAUUUGUACCUUCUGUAUUUGAUAAUAUUUUAUAAUUGGAUUGAUAUUAUGGUAUGUCAGAGGCAAACGGGUCCUGACCCUUGGCACUAUGAUAAUAAUGUAGUCUCCAUAGAAGAAAAUCUUCCACCAGAUAUAAAAACUCUAACAACACAAAAAACUGUUAUAAACAAAAGAAGUGCAGGGAUCGGAGAAUGGGCGUUUAGAAGAACGGUUGCUAUCUUGAUUAAAGGUAGCCGAACACAGAGAAAAGAUGAAGGAGAUAUUGAAAUUUCUACUCAUAUGAAAUUCAAUAACGAAAGAUGGGAGACUCUAAACAGUUAUCUAGAGUCUGAUGAGCCAUUCUCUGAAGAGACUUUUCGUCGUGUUUUAGGAUACAUUGAAGGAGCUAUUUAUAAACCUACAAUUGUUGAAGAAACCAUAAUGGCUUGGAAUGAAUACGUCCACACGUUUCUCAUAGAGUAUAAGGUCCAAAUAACUUAUGCCUUAAUCACAUUAAGUAUUGUAGGAGUGAUUCUUUGGAGCUGGAGACAUAUUAAACAACAUAAAUGGAAAUUUAUAUUGGUGCUCCUUUAUUUCUACAAUGUUAUCAUUUCCUAUAAGGAAGCUGAGCAAAAAGAGUUUGAAACAUUUCUAUCAGCAAUACAAAAAUGUAAAUGGCAAUUUUGGUCAGAGUGCGAAGCACCUAAACCAGAUUUGCUAACGUUUUACAAGCACAUGGAUCCUCUAAAGAUUGCUGUCAGGAUGUUUUCGGUUUUGAUCUCCGAACCAAUGAUCAUCACUUGUGACACAGUUAAUACAAUCCUUCUUGGCAUUACAGAUGGAUUAUAUUUCCCGUUAAAUAAAAUUGUGCAUGGUUUAUUAAUGAUUUUAAUUGUUGUUGUUUUGUUAUUGUUUCUAUUCAUAACAAUGUACAACACCUUGUUGAGCGCUCCGGCCCUUCUGGGUUCUGGUUUAAAACGCCUUGCUACGACGACACGGAGAAACGAACCUCGUAGCUCACCGCGUAGAAGAGAGCAACAGAGUUUAGAUACAACGGAAACAAUACAACCCGCCACAAUAGACAGACUAUUGGAUGUGUGUGCACGUGCCUUGGAUACUGCAGCUAGUAACAACAGACAAAGACCGGCAUUACAAAUGAACGCAGUGCAAAGCACUUCUCAGAUACGAAGAUCUGCCAGUACAGGCCGAUUGCCCAGUUUAAAUAUAUCGAAAGAAAGCUGCUCUAAUUUUAGUAAUAACGAUCGGAAAAAUAAAUUUUCUAUUAAUGCCAGUGGCGAUCAUUAAUCGAAAAAUAUUCAAAUCGCUUGAAUUAAGAAAGUCACUUAGGACAACUAGAUUUAAACGUUGUUAAGUUAACGGUUUCAUAAACGUUCUAACAUAACGUUGUAAUUGGUUAAGUAUUGUUAAUAUCUAUCGGUGUGACCAUUUUAAGAUACGAUGUUUUAAAAUCAAAUUAAAAAAUGCAAAAAAGUCUAGUCGCCGAGACCCCAAAGGAAACAAAAAAAACAUACACGAAUUUCUAUAGCAGCAACUGGCAACAAUAUUGUCAUGUUGUGAAAAAUAUCAUCCAUUUACGGAAAGGUACCACCAUCUCCUUUUCUGCCGUAAAGCAACCAUGCUUUCCGGUUUAAAAGCAAUAGCUUCUUUCAAUUUUUCGUCGAGAUUCAAUUGAUCGAUUGUAAUAACAAUACCAGACGAAUCUCGACUCCACGUUUCACGUGAGUGGCGCCGUAGUGGUGUUUUCACCCUCUGGUAACCUAACAGCCAAGAAGAAGUUCUGAACUUGUUAUCCCAACCACGCUAAUAAAACAAACAGCCAUAAUAGGAAAGUAAUAUUUAUUUUUAAAGACAAAUUCAGGGUGAACAAUUUCCGGCCAAAUACUCAUCACGCUCUGUAUCUGAUCGAAAAAUAUACGUACCUAACACAUUCGGGAACGCCAUUGACGAUGACGAAAUAGAUAGUGCCUUGUAAUAAAAAUGACGCCUCAUUUUUCGUAGUUUUGCGUAACAAAUGUUAUUAGGGCGUAUUGUGAGCCCACACAGGUGCUUCCAUAGUCUGUUUCUACCGUGAAACAAUCCUGCAUUUAGAUUGCAUUUGAAGGGUCCCACCACUCACACCUCAGCAGCUCGAGUACAAAUUUUAAUAAAAGUGACCUCAUACCUUCCCAACCUAAAGCCUACACACAAGACUUAAAAGCGGGGCUGGCGAAUCGAAAGUGUGUGCCUGCCUUUACAGUAAUAUAAAAAUAAUCGUGAGGAUUCAAGAGGAUUAUUAAAUAAACUUUUGAUUCAAAUUUCGUUAAUAAACGUCUUUAUUUCAAUUAGUCGGAGUUAACAGUGUUAUGAACAGCUAUAUUUUUACAAAGUGAAAUCUGUGAUCUUUUUCCCGAGCUUGUUAUGAUUUUAAAAACGUGUUAAUGUUUUCAUCUAGUAUUUUAUUUGAUUUUUGAUAAGUAACAUAAAUUGUAUACACGCUUUUUUUUUAAUUGUGACGUAUUUAUUAAGUGUUAAUCGUGAUUGCUUUUUUAUAGUUUUGUACAAAUUGAAAUUUAAACCACUAAAAUGCCGAGUAAAAUAAAAAUAAAACAAUGAAAAAUGCUUAUUAUUUUAUUUUCGUGAUAUCGCAGUGAGUAGUGUAGUUGUAAGAAUAAUAAAAAUAAAUCUUAAUAAAGACCAAUAAAUUCUAAAAUAGUACAAAGUGAAACACAUUCUUAUUGUAUACGUUGAGAUAAACAAUAAACAGUGGAAAAGAGUUAAAGUUUUGUAAGAAGACAAUUAGAAAUAGUUUUUAUAUAUACAUAUAUGAAAUAUUUCCAGUACAGAUUGAACCUCGAAACAAAUAAAAGCAUAAUAAAUUUAUAAACAUUUUCUUAUUUUUUAAUAUAUUUUGAACAAACUAAAAUCGUGAUUUAAAAGAUAGUUAUACUAGUACAUGGAUAAGCAAAAUAAAAUCGGUAUUUUAGUGCAGAAUAUUACAAGUUUCAGAAAUGCCCAAAAGAAUACCGAAGUUAAUGAUGGUAUAAUAUAAAUUUAUAUUAUAAUUUACUGCGUCUGCUAAAAUCGAUUUAAUUUAAAAUUUAUUUGAUUGCAUAGGGAGAAAACUCUUGUUAUCAAAAUACUGUUCGCAGUUUAUUCUAUAUUGAAAAUCCCAAAUCAUUCCUUAAACCGAUUCCCUUCAGAACCUUUUUUUUAGAAAGUUUUACUGCACAUGGUUGUAUUUUUAGAAGAAAAAAAAAAAUAUGUACGAAAAAUGAAAAUCAGUCAUCGAAUUGAAUCCAACGAUCACGCCAUAAAAUACAGAAAAUACGACUUACUAUAUAAUUAAAUUCAAACAGGGAUUAUUUUCUU